AUGGCCAAGUACGUCUACCCUGACGCCGUCCCUUAUGCCUCGCUCGCAUCCUUGAUCAACCAGCUCGAGACCGCCGGCUUCAGAGCCAAUAGUGUGAAAAACAUUGGUCGCUCUUACUCUGAGACGGUUCGGAAGUGGUACGGUAACUUUGUGCGAAAUCGAGAGGCUCUGAUGGCCAUGUAUGGCCCCAAGAUCUACCGGACAUUCGAGUUCUUCCUAGCUUACCUGGUCAUCAUCUUCGGUCAAGGCAGCGUCAACACUUACCAGAUUGUCGUCACCAAGAAUCCCAGUCCUGUCGACCGAACCAAGUCUGAGCCUGUAGUUGAGGAGUCUUCUUGGGAUCUCUGCGAUACGUCAACGAACAGCUUCAACGGGGAGUGCCAGGAGUUCCGCCGGAAAGAGGGCAACCAAGACAAAACACUCUGGGGAUGUCGCGAGAAAGGCUUGCCAUGGGAUCCCCUCGUCUACCUGUAUACCGCAUCGACCAAUUUGCUUCCUCCAGCUCCUGCCACCACCACGUCUUCUUCUUCUUCUUCAGCAGAUACGCGAAUCACGUCCGUGCCAGGCUCCUCCUCGACAGUCUCAGACGACACGUCAACACCAUCCGUUCCAUCAAGCCCGACGCUUUCGACAGCCUCCUCGACAAGCGCACCGACGCCGGAACCUUCCAACGGCGGUGGCGGUGGCGCUGCUCCAUCCAGCGGUAAUCAGACGGGUGCCAUUGUCGGCGGUGUCCUCGGCAGCGUGACCAUCCUCGCCAUCGCCGGCUGCGUCGUCACAUGGCUCGUUGUGAGAAGAAGAAGAGCUUCGUCGGUCCGGGGAGAGUCGAGAGGCGGUGGUCACGUCUUGCCGUCUCCCAGCCACGAGCUCGCCGGCGACCAGCCGUGUGUGUCUCCGAUAAAUCAGAAAGAGGGAGAGCAGUGGAACUAUCAGCCCAUGUCACCCACGUCGCCCGCGUCCUCGUCUGCUCAGCAUCGGGACGUUUUUCAGGCGCCGGCGAACGAUUCGAUAGGAAGCGCGAUGAAGCCUGCUGAGUUGGGCUGA